AUUUAAAUCUGUACCCAUUCCUCCCUCAUCCUUCGUCCAGUCCACUUCAUCAUCAUCAUCAUGUCGAGAGUAUUUUUCCUCGUCGUGUUCUUGGCCUUGGCGUCAUCAUCGCUCGGAGAUAAGGUCAAAAAACAGCCCUUCAUCGACCUCAGUUACGCCUUCAACAACGAAACGGUCACAUGGCCGGGUAGGACUUCUACCUGGAAUGUGGAAAUCGAGGGUGAAACACCAGACGGGGUUUGGAUCGCUUCGAGAGGAUUUUGUACCUCGGAACAUACAGCAACCCAUAUAGACGCGCCGUAUCACUUUCACAAGGCUGGGAGGAAAUUGGACCAGAUUCCGUUGGAAGAUUUAAUCGACACUCCUGGAGUUAUGAUCGACAUUUAUGAUAAGGUGCACCGCAUGGUCAAUGGGAAUUUGACAGUGGUGGAAAACUAUGUACUGACGAGGCAGGAUGUGCAAGAUUGGGAACGGAAAAAUGGCGUCAUAAAACCCGGAUCGAUCGUCCUCCUCCGAACGGGAUGGGGCGAGCGUUGGCCGGAUGUCAAGGCGUACCGUGGGAUUCACGAAACUCCCCCUGGGAAGGAGGACAAGCCCGUAGAAAAGAAGGCUGAUGGGGAACCGGCUUCCGUCAAAGUGGGUGAUCUCGGUCUCAAUUUUCCCGGAUACGAUGCAACCGCAGCUAAAUACUUGACCGUGGAAAGGGGCGUUUUAGGUGUUGGGACUGAUGCCAUAAGUAUUGAUGCUGGAGUGAAUUCGAGGUUUUUCCCAGCCCAUCAAGUUUUUGCCUCCCGGAGCGUUUGGAUGCUAGAAAUGGUAGCGAAUCUUCAUCUCCUCCCCCCACGCGGGUUCAAUUUGUGGGUCGUCCCAUUCAAAAUUGACCGUGGGACGGGUGCGCCAACCCGAGUACUGGCCAGAAUCAAUAACUAACUAACCAACCUGGGGAAAACUUGGUCGUAUCAUUUUAUCCAUUUUACAUACUUACGUUUACAUUGCAACGCAUUUACAUAGUGAAACUGAAAAAGUCAAUUUUUUAAUUUAAUAAAAAAUAGUGUAAUUGUCAUUUUAAAUACGA